AGUGACUGAUCACAUCAUUGCUUGUUCCAGACAAUCAUCCGAGGCACAUCAAUGAUGAGACUCUAUCGAUCGCAGGCCGCCAUGUCACCGGCUGUACUGGUCCUGAUGCUGACCGUCGGUUCACAACUGUCACUGGUGGACGGAGAUGGAAGAAAAGUCCAGCAGAAGCCAAACUUCCUCCUGUUUAUGGUGGAUGACUUGGGGAUUGGAGAUGUGGGCUGUUUUGGAAACACAACAAUCAGGACACCCAACAUUGACCGCAUCGCUACAAACGGUGUGAAACUGACCCAGCAUCUGGCGGCCGCCGCAGUCUGUACCCCCAGCAGGGCAGCCUUCCUGACCGGACGAUAUCCCAUACGCUCAGGAAUGGCCCCAUCAGGUCAGAUGAGGGUUAUCCCAUUUCUUGCCUCGUCAGGGGGGUUACCAGCAAAUGAAACCACCUUUGCAACAGUUCUGAAACAAGCUGGCUAUGACACAGCCCUUAUUGGAAAGUGGCAUCUAGGAGUGAGCUGUUCCAACAGAAAUGACUUCUGUCACCACCCGCUCAACCACGGCUUCGGCUACUUCUACGGCCUUCCUCUCGGUAACGUACGCGACUGCGGAAUCAACACGGGCACCGUCAUGAGAACCAAACCCACCGAACAAAUCAUCAGCGUCGUCAUAGCCAUCACGGUACUCCUCCUGUCUGUGGCCUUCCUGAAGUUAUACGGUGUGGUGUACUACAACUGGAGGAGUUACUGUAACUUUGUUGGGCUCUGGGUGGGGCUGAUUCUUCUGGGCUUCUUCUUCCUGAGAAGUUUUCGCACUCUGAACUGCGUGUUGAUGAGAAACAAGGCUGUGGUAGAGCAGCCGUUCCACCUGGAAACCCUGACACCGCGCUUCACAGAAGAGGCAGUGGCCUUCCUGCACCAGAAAAAGGAUUCGCCAUUCCUGCUGUACGUCGCCUAUUCUAAAGUUCACACGGCGCUGGCGACAACGGAAAGAUUUCGCGGGAAAAGUCAGCACGGCGACUACGGUGACAACAUAGAGGAGAUGGAUUGGAGUGUGGGGGAGAUCAUGAAAACACUGGAUGAUCUGGGAUUGACAGAAAACACUUUGGUGUAUUUGUCUUCUGACAACGGGGGGCAUUUAGAGGAGGUAUCAGCCCAGGGGGAGGCACACGGUGGAUGGAACAGUAUUUACAAAGGAGGAAAGGCACAAGGUGGGAUGGAGGGAGGGAUCCGAGUUCCUACUGUCCUGCAAUGGCCUGGAAAACUCCCAGCUGGUUCAGAGAUCUCAGAACCCACCAGUCAGAUGGACGUGUUCACCACGGUGGUGGAACUGGCCAAUCAGAAGGUCCCGCAGGACAGGCAGAUUGACGGGAAGAACCUUUGGCCUCUCCUAACCGGCGAGGAGACUGCCUCACCCCACGAGUUUCUGUUCCACUACUGUGGGACCUGGAUACAUGCGGCCAGGUACAGGCCAAGACAAGGUAACAGCACUUGGAAGGUUCACUUUACCACACCUGACUGGACUCCGGGGACCAUGGGCUGCUUUGACACCUUAGUCUGUUACUGUUACCAGGGUUACGUAACUCACCACGACCCUCCGCUACUGUACGACAUCGCUCACGAUCCCACAGAGGACAACCUCGUCAACAUUUCCUCCGACAAAAAAUACCAACAGAUCAUCAGCAGUGUCGAAAACGCAGUGGAGGCACACAGAAGAUCUGUCAGCCCUGCACCCAACCAGUUUGCGCCUUCCAAGCUGAUCUUCACUCCGUGGUUGCAGCAUUGCUGUAACUUUCCGUACUGUUCAUGUGAAGAUGACAUGAAAGGAGUUCACCUGUGAGGCCUCAUGCGCUAAUGUACAACUGUACAACAGUCUGUAAACAAAAAACAUAGGACAUUGGCAUAAGUUUUGUGGUUUGGUCCUAUGAGUAAAAUGGUGUUAGAAAUUCUGGCAAGUACAAUCAUGCACAUCAUGUUUGGAAAUAGCCAAAUUAAAAAGAUUUUUAAAAAGAGAAAAAAAUUCUAAAAUGCUAAAAAUGCAUCAAAUCAACCUAGUAGACAAAAUAUCAUAAAGAUAUCAAAGUAUUGUCAUUCAACCAAAAAAGUCACAAACACAAUUGGGAACUUCAUCUUCUUGGCAUGUUAAGACCACGUCUAGCAGAAAAAUAGACAUUAAAAGUUAAAAACACAGACAAGAACAACUAAAAUGUAAAAGGGCAAUCACAGUCAAGGCCACACCAAUCUAAUUUCUUGGUUAAUGGAUUUUUCUAGAAAAAUAAUG